GAGAGUCGAUUCAGUCUCAUACUUCUCACACACGAAAGUGGUUCCCAAAGCGGUCGUUUGGUCGGCGGUCUUCACCGCAUUAAAAACGAAAAAAAAAAAAAAACAGUCAUUCCAUUGACCAGAUCAAUCUUUAGAUUUCCGUUUGGUUCUAUACCUUUUUUAAAUAUAGCAGAAAGUUUGUCUGUCUUUCUUUUUUUGUAUGUCUGCAAUGUACCCAAACAAAAAAAGUGCAUUAAAUUAAAAAAAUUAAUAAUUAAAAAAAUAAAAAAGUUGUAAAAAAAAGUUACACUUUAUGCAUAAAUGUUCUAAGUGUUUUUGAAGUACAAGUUCUUUCUGUUUUACUUUUAUACUUUGUACUGCAGGUGCAAACUGCAAUCUUCUAGAAAUUCUGAUCCAGUUGUUCUACAAAACAAAAUAACCCUCAGUCAUUAUGGAAGUGACGAUAAGGGCCGAAUCGGUGGAUCCCGUUGACUCCAAAUUAACUUGCAGUGAAAAAGCAUCAAAUUUCUUUGGAAAUCAUUGGAAGGGACUGAUAGUAUUUUUUGCACCAUUAGCAUGUCUUCCAGUAAUGCUUGUGCAUUUUACACCUGAAUACAGAUGCAUGUAUUUACUACUGGUGAUGUCCAUUUUUUGGGUCACCGAAGCCCUGCCUCUCUACGUAACAUCGAUGAUUCCAAUUGUUGCCUUUCCUAUAAUGGGAAUUAUGAGUUCAGAUGAAACAUGUAGAUUGUACUUUGGUGAUACAUUGGUAAUGUUCAUGGGUGGAAUUAUGGUUGCAUUGGCAGUGGAAUAUUCUAAUUUGCACAAACGUCUGGCAUUGCGAGUUAUUCAAUAUGUGGGCUGCAGUCCCAGAAGACUCCAUUUUGGUUUAAUUGCUGUAACAAUGUUCUUAUCCAUGUGGAUAUCAAAUGCUGCUUGCACCGCCAUGAUGUGUCCAAUUGCUCAAGCUGUUUUAGAAGAACUUCAAGCUCAAGGACUUUGUACAAUGUACACAACACCUAAAUACAAGUCACUUGCUGCCAAAAAUGAUGGAGAAGAAGAGCUUCCUUAUCCAUCAAAAGUAACACAAUGCUAUUUCCUUGGUAUUGCCUAUGCAUCAUCGAUGGGUGGUUGUGGAACAAUCAUUGGAACAGCUACAAAUCUUACCUUCAAGAGUCUUUAUGAUGGUCGUUUCCCACAUGCAACUGAUACAUUAGACUUUCCAACUUUCAUGUUUUACUCAGUACCUUCAAUGUUGAUCUACACAUUCUUGAUGUGGCUAUGGCUGCAAUAUCAUUACAUGGGUCUUUUCAGGCCAAAGAGUAAGGAAGCUGCUGAAGUUAAUAUUGGCAGAAAUGGAGCUGAUGUUGCUAAGAAAGUCAUUGAUCAAAGAUACGAAGAAUUGGGACCAAUGAAUAUUCAUGAAAUUCAAGUUAUGAUUCUAUUCAUUAUGAUGGUAGUUAUGUAUUUUACCCGAAAACCUGGUAUCUUUAUGGGAUGGGCUGAUGUAUUGAAUACAACGGUAAUCCGCAACUCCAUGCCAACUAUUUUUGUUGUUAUUAUGUGCUUCGUUCUGCCAGCAAAUUAUGCCUUUUUGAAUUAUUUCGGUGGAAAGGGACAAUUACCCAACAAACCCAUUCCUGGACUAAUUACAUGGAAAUUCAUUCAAACCAAAGUACCAUGGGGUUUGGUAUUUUUGCUUGGUGGUGGAUUUGCUUUAGCAAAGGGUAGCAAAGUUAGUGGAAUGGCAGAACUUUUAGGAAAUGGUCUAAGUGUUCUUAAAGCUCUUCCAUCAGUUGUUUUAUUAUUUGUUGUAAUUGUUGUGGCUGUAAUAAUGACAGCAUUCAGUUCAAAUGUUGCAAUUGCAAAUAUUAUUAUUCCAGUUUUACAAGAAAUGUCUGUUGCAAUUAAAAUCCAUCCAUUGUAUUUGGUUUUGCCUGCUGGUUUGGCUUGCAGUAUGGCUUUCCAUUUGCCAGUUAGUACACCACCAAAUGCUUUGGUAGCAGGAUAUGCCAAUAUUCGAACAAAGGAUAUGGCCAUUGCUGGUAUUGGACCAACAGUUGUCAGUGUGAUUGUUUUGUUCGUCAACUGUUUAACAUGGGGACAAAUUGUGUAUCCCAAUCUUACAACAUUCCCCGAUUGGGCUCUACCAACAAAUGGGACAAAAAUCUAAAAUUAAAAAUUUAACUUAAAAUUAAGUAGGACAAAACAAAAACACAGAAGAUAUAUAUUUUUACUAUAAGAUUUUUUUUUUAUAAUUUCUAUAUAUUUAAGAACAAACAAAAGAAAAAUAUUAAGAUUUUGCCACUCCCGAAAAAAUGCA